UUUGUGUUUUGUGUUUUUGUCUUUCAGAUCCGCUCGUAGGUUUGCAAUAUGUUUUUUUGUCUUUCAGACCAAAAAAAGCGUAGUCAAUAAAACGUCAUGCCGUUCGUUCUUUCGCUGAUUACACUCCCUGUCGUCGCCGCUAAAUGUUUAAUUCAACCACAAAUCAAAACCGGUUCAGUUCACAAUUUCACAAACCCGGUUCAAUUGACUUUCUCCUUCUCAGUCAAUUUUAUUCAGAGAGAGAGCAGAGCCCCUGUGAUCUGAAUUGGAACGCCGGAGCUCCUGGUGACAGAGACUGAUGAUGGUGCACUUGGCUGCUCUGUUUCUCGCCAUCAUCGUUGUUUCACCACUCUUUGUUCUCUCAUCUGAGAACCAGCGGAUCGGUUCUAACCAGCAGCACUUGCUCAAUGAUCCAGACGCAGCAGCUAAGCUCAGAAUAUCACAACUCGCUCUUGAGGCAACCACGCAGAAGGUGGAUGAUAAGACCCUUUACUUGAAAGAGCGUGACAAGUUGAUUCAAGUUGCUGAAACUCAGAUCCUUGUUUUGCACUCUGCUUCACCCAUGCCUAGGGAUUUACCUUUGGUCCAAAAAAGGAUAAUUGAAUUGGAAGAAGAGGUUAAACUCCUAUGGGCUGCCUUGAGAACAGCCAACUUUGACCUUCACGUUUCAGAGGAUAAGGCAAGACAUGCCGAGGGUCAAGUUAAAGCUACUGCCUUCCAAGUUAAACUGAUGACCGAAGUUGUUACGGAGCAGUGGAUUCAAGUUCAGCAUAUUGAGCAGAUGAAAGAGUUCAGUAACCGUAGGAAUCACGUUCCUAGCAGAUGUACUCUCUUGAAGCUCAUGAAUGACAUCCGCUGGGAGGUAAAGAAUGCCCUGUCUCAGUUAAGAAGCCUCUGGGCAGCUGUUACCAGAUACCACCACCAGUUGCAAGGCUUCAUCAAGCAUGAGAUGGAAAGAAACGAGAUCACAGCAGCUCUUGCGAACAGUGAAGUGGUGUUUUUUAUGGCAUCUGCAAUGAUCACCUUCCCGGUGUUUGGAGCAUGGAUCUUACUCUCUGCCUAGUUUUGUUCCUAGAAGAUAUAAUCACCUCAUGCGUCAGCCAUAUUCAUAUUCAUUUUGUUUCUGUUUAUAGCUCAAAAUAUUGUCUAGUUAUUGAGAUCCCUAUAAAUGAUUGCGUCUGUGAGCAAACUGAUAGUCGGGUUAAUCUCUGGUUUGAACCAGUUAAUUUAGGGUAUGUUCACAAUUUUGUCAAAGUUUUUUUUUCAUACAAUAUUUCUUAAAUAUUUUUAUAUAACUGAAAAAGAGAAUAUUAAGUGACUUUUAAGAUU